GAUUCAUAACUUCCACACAUCAGAAGCUUCAAAACCCUAAAUAAAUCUUGCAGUCUGAUUCACUGCAAUCCCUAAUCCAUAACAGAAUGGCGUCUUUGGGAUUCUCUACCAUCCUCUCUGCUACAGCACCUUUACAGAACUUGAGCCAAACCAAAACAAGCCCUUCAUGGACCUCUUCUCUAGCAAUGGCUUCCCUCAACUUCUCCCUGAAAAACCCAUUUGGGCUUAAGUCUUCCUUUGUAAACCAUGGCUUCUCCCUUCAAUCUAUGCCGUUUCCUGAUACCAUCCUGAAAUCUCAGAGGACCACAGGUAUUGUUUACGCAAGAGCGGCAACGGAAAAGAGUAUCUAUGAUUUCACUGUCAAGGAUAUUGAUGGGACGGAUGUUGCUCUUAGCAAAUUCAAGGGAAAGGUUCUCUUGAUUGUCAACGUGGCUUCAAAAUGCGGUCUGACCACAACGAAUUACAUGGAACUCUCCCACCUCUAUGAGAAGUACAAAACUCAAGGAGUUGAGAUUCUGGCUUUCCCAUGCAAUCAGUUUGGGUUUCAAGAGCCUGGUUCAAAUCCCGAGAUCAAGCAGUUUGCUUGUACAAAAUUUAAAGCAGAAUUCCCUAUUUUUGACAAGGUUGAUGUGAACGGGCCAAAUACUGCCCCUGUGUAUCAGUUCCUGAAGUCAAGUGCAGGAGGUUUUCUGGGAGACCUGAUCAAGUGGAACUUUGAGAAGUUUUUGGUGGACAAAAAAGGUAAGGUUGUGGAAAGAUAUCCUCCGACAACGUCACCAUUCCAAAUUGAGAAGGACAUCCAAAAGCUUGUUGCAGCAUGAAUCCUCUACAGUUCUACUUCAGACAUAUUGCAGCAAAGUACUAGGG